UGUCACGCACUCGGUCCCACGGCUCCGGUAGUACUGGCCCGGGCGGUGGCCCUAAACGCUCCGACCUCGGCUGGGCGGCCGGUGGCAGAAGGCCGAUCGUAUAUAAACCACUGCACAGUCGGCACCAGGCACAGUUCUCUCUGCUGACGCACUCACAGCAAACAACGCAACAACCAUGAACAAGUUCUUCGCCGUGCUCAGCCUGGCCGUGGUGGCCGCCGUGGCCGCGUCCGACGACCUGGAUCAGAGCGAGUCGGUGGCCGUGGCCACCACCUACGGCUCCGGCUACGGCUACGCCGCACCCGCCGUCUACGGCGCCGGCUACGCCGCCCCAGCCUCUUACGGAUACGGCUACACCGCUCCGGUCGUCAAGAGCUACGGCUACUCUGCUCCGGUCGUCAAGAGCUACGGCUAUGCCGCCGCUCCCGUCGUCAAGAGCUACGGCUACGCCGCCGCUCCCGUCGUCAAGAGUUACGGCUACGCCGCUCCCUACACCGGCUACAAGUCAACGCUCUACUCUGGCUACGGCAGCCCCGCCUACAGCAGCUAUGGCUACGGCUACGCGGCACCCGCUGCCUACGGCUACGGCCGUGCUGCCCACGGCUACGGUGCCCGCCCCGCCCUCUACUCUGGCUACGCGGGCCUGACUGGCGCCUACGGCCUGUACUAGACUCAAUCAAAGUCUGCUGGGAGCAUUGACCGUGGAGCUUGUUCUUGUGUGUUGUGUUUGCUGAUGAACUUCGAUCUGGAUUAGCGAGAUGUUAAUCUCGAGUUAUCCGAUCUCAAUCAAUAUACUUCUCAAUUCAUGUA